AUGAUUUAAUUCCUGUUGAUUUUGUUGAAAUUAAAUUCGGAUAUUGAAUUUCAGCAGGUUUAAGAUAGGUAGAUUUUAACAAUAUUACAAUUAAAACAAAUCAGACAUUCAAAAUUAAAUAAUAUCAUAGACAAUCCUAACAGGGAUAGUGAAUCCUGUUAAUAAGAUAUCUGA